GUGGGCCUGGCAGAGGCGGCUGGCUUUCCGAGUCUCCUCCGCUGUCCUGUCCGUGUCUGUGGCUGCGAUGGUGCUGCUCAGGCCCCUGGCAAUUCUUCUUGCUCUGGUUGUCUCUGACCUCCACUGCCUGCCCUGGUUCGUCAAUGUCUCCGAGAGCCAGGGGCCCGGCACCAUCCUUUGGUCCUUCUCCUUCAACUGCUCUUCUUACACGCCCACCCUGAAGCUGCUCCAGGUGCAGCCACCCAGCACCUUCUUCAACCCCCCCAGCCUGGCCAGGUGGCAGGGGCUCUAUGUGGGACAGCUGACCUUGAGCAGCUCCGCCCGGCUGGACGCCCUGGCCGUGAACCACUAUGAGCUGCAGCUGCAGGUGACAUGCGGCAGCGACGUGACCGAGGGACCGCUCUCUGUGGGUGUGCGGCGGGACCCUGACCAUGCCCAGUGUACAGGCCGGUUUGCACGGCCUCAGCACAGCCUCCCUGAUCUCCCCUUGGCAGCUGGGGAGGUCAUCCAGGUGCCGGAAACAGUCACACCUGGGGCUCGGCUCUACACUUUGCUCCCAGGCCUGGAACUCCAGGGAGCCCAGGUGAGCAUCACCAGUGCCCAGGACCCUCCACACUUCCCUGGACCCUUCUCCAUCAAUGGGCAGGGCUGGCUGCAGGCACCCCCCCAGGGCCUCAGAGGCCAGGCUCCAAAGCUCUUCCAGCUCCAGGUGCUGGUGACCUUCGGGCGAGGAGGCCGCAGCUGCCGGGGGCUGCUGACCGUGCGCGUCCUGCCGCUCUCACAGCCGGCGGCCUCUCUCCGCCCCUCCGGGCAGGUGAAUGCCUCCCUAGACUGCGACUCGCCUGGGGCCUGCCCUCAGCUCACGGCCUCCCUCCUGGUGCUGGACGGUGGUCAGCCCCCGAUGAGCACUGAGGUGCCAGUACUGGUGAUGGUGACCCCGGUCAACGAGUUCUCCCCGACCUGUGUCCCCCGAACAUUCCGGGUCCGCGAGGAUGCAGGGCCCCGCACGCUGCUGGGCUCCGUGGUGGGCACGGACACGGACUACCCGCGCGGCGGCAUUGAGUACCACACCCCCGGCGGGCCUGCCACCUUUGCUGUGGACCGGCUCAGCGGCGAGGUUCGCCUCCUGGGGCCGCUGGACUAUGAGCAGCAGAGGCUGCACAGGCUCGCCGUCCUGGUGACCGACCACAGCCAAGGCCCCGGCCCGGCUCAGCCCCGCUCCGGCUCCUGCACCGUGGCCAUUGAGGUGGAGGACGUGAAUGACCACGCCCCCGAGUGCGAGCCCCCGUUCCAGGAACUCACCAUCCACCCUUCCCCGGGCAGCGGCAUGGAGGUGACCAAGCUGUCGUGUCGGGUGCCACAGGAGCCACAGCGCCAGGCCUUCUCCUACAGCCUCGUGGGAGGGAAUAGUCAGGGCCGAUUCCGCCUGCAAGGAGCCGCCCUGCUGCAUGACGACCUCCUGUUGGGGGCCCCCCCGCCAAAGCAGCCCCAGACCUAUGAGCUCUUGAUCCGCGUGGCCGAUGCAGGUCCCUCCACCCCCCACCUCAGCACCACAGCGACUGUCAUUGUGCAUCUGGUUCCCUGGAGGGCCAGCACCGUGGCCACCAGGCCAAGCAGAGCCACAGUGCCUCCGGCGAUGACGCCCCUGCUUGUGACCCGCACGGAGCCUUUCUGGCAGCCGGAGCCCUGGUUUGUGGUGCUGCUGACGGUGACCGGCGCCCUGCUCCUGGCCGUGGGCUGGCUCCUCUGCAGGCAUCUCCGGGGGAUCCAGGAAACUGUGGGGUCCUCUGAGGGGUUCAUGGAGGCGCCAAGGAUGGAGACACCUGAGGCACCCGGCAGCAUCAUGAGACUGCAACAUUUUGAUGGCAGAGCCCAGGACUCCCGGACAGGCCGAGAGUUCCUGUUCAACUCGCGCUCGGGAGCCUGGCGCUGGCUCUGAGGCCACGAAGCUGCCUCACUGCGUGGGAAUUUCUUCACGUGACCCUGGGCUGUGUUUUCAAGUUGAUUCAAUAAUAAACAAAAUUACAAACAGUGAAGGCCCAGCCUUGUCACCCACCCGUGGGAGGAGCUCUGGGAUCUGUGCUUCCUUGUUCUGCCCUGGAGACCGCCCGGCCUCGUGGGAACACAGGGCGUAGGAAGGUGCGUUUGGGGAAGGCGAUGUCCAGUGCGCUCAUGGCCCCGAUUAAGGCUCUGCCGAGCCAGAGUCUGGUCCUGUGGGCGGGGGCUGUUCCCUCCAGGAGAGGAGGACGCUGGGGGCAGCUCGCCUGCUGUGGGGGAGGCUUUCCCGGGAGGGAGCGCAGCUUCCGCACUGACUAGAGACGGUGCCAUGGAUGGCCGUGCAGGGGUCCCUCUUCUGAGCGGUGGUUCCCAUUUCUUCCUGAUGUUUCGCCUGGUUCCUUGGCCCUCACCCCUCCCUGUGCUGAGCUGAGCUGCUGCACAUGGCCAGGCGGCC